AUGUUAGCAUUUUCUUCUUCAGCAAAGCGGGCCGCUCCAAGAAUAUUUCCAGUUAGACUUUUUUCAACAACGACUUCCUUAGCUGAAAAGGUGAAGCUUGACUUUUUCAGUAAGGAAGAUUGUGGACUUUGUGUUAAUGCCAAGACCAUCCUUGACAAAAUCAUUCAAGAUAAAGAUUCUAGUUUGAAAAAUGAAAUAGAAUAUAAAGUAUACGAUAUAACUAAACCUGAAAAUAAGGAAUGGUGGGACUCGUACUGUUUUGAUGUGCCAGUAUUACAUAUCACACAUGAGAAAUCAACAAAGCCAGUGAAAUUUAUGCAUAGAUUGGACCAAAAGAAGGUUAUUGAUGAAAUCAACAGAACCAUAUAA